AUGACGAUGCUAACUAUAGGACGUUUUCUCAGUCGGUCAUAUCCGCACACCCGUGACGGUCCUACGAUCUUUUCCUUUCAGCAGAGACUCAUCAUGGAGGAAGGUGGCGCCUACGAUGCGAGGAAGCCGGAGUCGGUGGCCAGCAGCAGCUCGCCCGCCUUGCACCCCACGGCAGACUACGAUCUCUCAGAAACAGAAGAAGCUCUAGGCUCGCCUGAUACCUUUUACUCGCCGCCUGCCUCGCCGGGGCGCCUAUCGCGCAACCCUUCCUUCUCAUACCAUGAUGACUGGGAGACGUUUCCGCCUCUAGAUCAACUGACCGUGUUUGAUCUGCUCGAUAACCUCUCUCUGUCCCAGAGACUGGAGAAGUUACAGCGGGCGCUCAAUGCGCAAAAGGAUAAAGUGAAGAGACAGCGCGAGAAGUUGAAGUCUACUUCGAUUAACGCUAAGGAGCGUGUUGUGGGCGAGUGGAAAAGACGAGUUCCGACGGCAGAUGAGCAGUUGGACAAGUAUCGCCGUCGUAUGAAGGAUGGAGUGGAACGCCUCGGGAAACAAUGGAACGCGACCGCAACAGUGACGCUGCGCGAGAAGAUCUCCUUCAUCGCCGGUGUACUGAACAUCCUUGUGAGCGGUUACCUCCUCGGAGGGUCCCCGGAGUAUUUCUACAUCUGGUUCAGCGCGCAGUUGGCAUACUUCAUGCCUAUUCGAUUCUACCGAUACCACAAGCGAGGCUAUCACUAUUUCUUGGCUGAUCUCUGUUAUUUUGUCAACAUGCUUUGUAUGCUUAGUCUCUGGGUCUUCCCUGGGUCCAAGAGGCUAUUCAUCAGCACGUUCUGUCUGGUUUUUGGCAACAACGCAGUUGCCAUAGCCAUGUGGCGCAACUCGAUGGUCUUCCACAGUAUGGACAAGGUGGUCAGUCUUUUUAUCCACAUCAUGCCGCCCGUGACCUUGCAUUGUCUUGUCCAUAUGACACCCACGGAUAUCUUGAAAGAAAGAUUCCCGGCAAUCUACGAAAUCAAGUCCAGCGAGCCUGGGUCGCCAAAUCACUUUAACCUUCUGGAGAUGAUGGGAUGGGCAACUGUCCCCUAUAUGAUCUGGCAGUUGACAUAUCACUGCUUUAUCACUAUUCGUCGUGCCGAGAAGAUCGCUGCGGGACGUCCGACCAGCUUCACAUGGCUCCGCAAGUCUUAUGCCAAGACCUGGAUUGGCAAAGUCGUUCUCGGCCUCCCGGAAUCACUACAGGCUCCGGCCUUCAUGCUCAUUCAAUAUGCGUACGCGAUAUUGACGAUGAUUCCUUGCCCUCUGUGGUUCUGGUCUCGGUGGGCUAGCGGGAUAUUCCUGACCGGUCUCUUCAUUCUGAGCGUCCAUAACGGUGCGACCUACUAUAUUGACGUUUUCGGCAAGCGCUUCCAGAAGGAGCUGGAGGAGCUGAAGAAAGAUGUCGCUCGCUGGCAAUCGUCCCCGGAAGGAGUCAUCAGUCCGACACUCCUAACAUCCGACAACGCUGCGACAUCGGGGGCGACGGCCGUCGAGGAAUCGGCCAGUGGGGGAUCCGAAAAGGCCAGCAUUGAUCAGAUUCCUCUUCUUGAUGCCCAUUCCACUGGCGUGGAGGGCAGCCAUGUUGCCGACAACUCUGUGGUCCGGGAACGAUCCUGA